GAAAAAUGCGUUUUCCCACAUUGGGAAAGGUUCACUGUUUGGAAUGCAGGUAAAUCAGGAAGAAAAUUUGUAAGAUCCCUAAGUCAGACAACACGUAAUAAAGUUAUAGCAUUCUGUGAUGUUGAUAAAAAGAAAAUAGGAAAAUCAUGGAUGAUCAAAAAAAGGGGACCAGUGUCGAAGAACUAAAAACCAAAGGAAAUGAGUGUGUUAAAGAAGGAAAAUUCAUUGAAGCCGUUCUUCACUAUACUCAUGCAAUUAAAAUGGAUCCUAGCAACUACGUUUUAUACAGCAACAGAUCAUUUGCUUUCUUGAAAUUGGAUCAACAUUACUUGUCUCUUCAGGAUGCUAACGAGACUGUUAGGAUACAGCCUCAAUGGGCCAAGGGGUAUUUUCGGCGAGCUGAAGUGGAAGCGGCAAGUGGUCUAUAUGAUGAGGCUAUUAUAUCAUAUACUAGAGCUUUACAGCUUGAACCACACAACCCUAAGUUAAUGGAUUCAAUAAAAAACAUUACUGACAUGCAAAAACAGAAACAAAAAGACAAUCAAAAUAUUAUAUGGAUAUGCACAUGUCUGGGUUUGGCUGCUGGUAUAGGUGUUGUUCUCCUAGAUUACACAUUGACUACAAAUCCUACAUUAACUCAUCCCCUUAGCAUGGUAGCAUUCGCGUUCGCCCUCUCAGCUGUAGGUUGGGCGAUAGGAAAAGCUGUCACUUUAAUGAAUACAUGGAGUGCAGGCAAAUCUUUACAACCUCCUGAGGAAUUAGGUGUAAAAGGGGUUUCAGAUGAAAGAGAGUUUAUUCCUGAAAAAAAGAAUAAAUACAGCAAAGCACAAGCAAGACAGAGAUAUAAACAAGGAAAACUUUAGUUAUAAGAAUGUAUUAUAUUUAAAAUUAUUCCUACAUGAUGUAUAAUCAGGUUUAUAUAACUGUGGUUACAUUUUAGUAAUUAUUACUGUGAUGUGUUCAUGUUUUGAGGGAAAACAAUUAAGACUUUAUUUAGAAAUAAAAGACAAUUAUUUAUCUAUCUUUUCACCAGGUCUCUGUAAGGGAUGUGAUGAUAAGAUAGAUACACGUACCUAAGUAUGUAUAAAAGACAAUUUCUGUUCUAUUUACUGCCUAUCUACUUUUGUAGAUUGUAUAACAUAUCUAACAGUUUUCAAUUUCUACAUUUCUGCUAUUGAUCUCUUUUUAGAUAUUGUUUUAGAUUGGCGACAGAUAUACAGGACUAAUUGUAUUGAAUAAUAAUACUUGAUAUACCAGUCUGGAAUCCGGUAAUACUAUUCAUUAAAAAAGAAUAAUUUGCUCAAGAAGCAUUAGAUGAUAUCUCGUAAUAAUUUUUGAAUUUUUCAUACCAAAUCAAUAAUAUAAUAUGUUUGAAAAAUUCGAAAAUUAUUUUGAAAUUGCUAUUAUGCUUUUUAUAGAAAGUUGUGCUGUUUUCGACUCGGUAUUGAGAAUCAUUAUGACUAAUCUUGCUAUGGAUAGCAAAAUUAAAUAUUUAGAUAGGUAUUGAGUAUUGUUUAUAUUGAAUGGUAAGGAAUUUGAUGGCCCACACCUAAAAGUGGCAACUGUUUUAACAAAACAGUAUACUGUGCCACUCAUAGCACCCCUUAUGAGUCGGUAUAUAAUUGAAUAGGUAAUACCUGAAAACUAUUUAAUUAUAAUGAAAACAAAACCGUUGUUUACUGGCUAAUUCUUAGUAAGUAGACAAUAGAAUUACUUGGGAACUUGAAAAUUUUCGCAAAAUACCAUUUACAGGGUACAUAUAUGUAUAGAUUGAAACCUUUGGGAAUUUGGUAUUGAUGUUGUUGAUUGUUGGUACUUUGUUUAUAGUCAAUGUAAGAAACACUUGUACUAUUUCAUAAUUUUUAUUCUUUGGGAAUUUGUUAAGAACUAUAAAGGGAAGGAAAGCCCUUUUAAAAAAGACAGCAUCGCUCUUUGUAAUGUCCCCAGGGUUGUGUUAUAUAUAUGUAUGGUCUAUACUUUUUAUGUUACUGUGCUAUUAAUUUUCAAUAUAGUAUAGCUAUUCAUUAAAGUUUUCCUUUUUUUAGAGAUCUAAUGUACAUAUAUCGGGACUAAUUGCUUGGUGUUACGUAUUAAUUAUAAAUGUGGACACUAAUUGUGCAGUGAAAACUUACUCUAGAGCCGUAUUUAUUCCUUUUUAUUAUUCUAAUUUAACAACGCGAGUGUUCUUGAAACACUGUAAUUACCAAUUGUAAUAAUGUUGUUUAUAUGCAUUUAUAUUUUAUAUAAGACCUGCAGUCUUGUCGGAGAAAUUCUUGCCACUUCAAUAAGUCUGUUUGCCUCUUUAUACGACACGACACAAUUUUGAUUUUAAUUGUUUGCAAAAUUUGAUAUUCCAAAAUGCUCGACCUAGUAUGGUAAUUCAUAUGUGAAAAUUUCGUGUAGUAAUGUGCACUCGGUUGAUAGUGGAUCCCAAUUGCAUUUAGCCUUUUAUUAUUCGAGAUGUUAUGUAAUCGGGCAUGACCAUGAAUUUGUAUAAAGCACCUUAUGUCUUGAUAUAUGGUCGAUGUCGUGGAAUGUCGCAAACUUCCAUAAGGAUCGUAAACUACACUUGCCUGUAUGUAGUUUUUUUUACGUUCAAUAUUUCAUUCUUUUCUCUUGGAGAAUGCUCUCCUCCAUGAAUGUCAGUUUUUAUAUUAGAAUGUAUUUUUCCAAAAAUAUGUAAUUUGUAAUUAAAUCGGAUCUUUUAUACAUCCUAUUUACUUGUUUCUAUAUAUCUGGUUUUGUACUUAAGCCAAAAUAAUUAUAUAAGCAGUGUUGAUUAAUGAAAGAUUUAUAAAAACGUGUUUAUAACUUUUACAUAAUUUAAAAGAAAAUUAAAUAAAAAAUAUCUAAAA